AUGGGCUACACCAUCAAGCAGAAGAUCGACAUCUGCUUGAAGGCCGAGGCUUUCCCCAAUAUGACUCAGGCAGAUCUUGCCCUCUGGGCAGCUGAGCAGUAUGGCUCUCAGAAGGCUCCCUCUCAAACUACUAUAUCACGUAUUCUCAGCUCCAAAAACGACUUAAUUGCAUCAAAAGAGACCGACUUUCAAUUGGUAAGAAGAAGAAAGCAGUCAAACCCUCUUCUUCGAAGAAUCUUGACAGAAUGGAUUACACAAGCCAUAUGGGAAAACAUUCCAAUAACCACUCCCAUUAUACAGCUGACUUCCAAUGCGAUCUGGAACCGUUUGCCGAAAUUAGAAAAGGAUGGAAACGGCAUUUUCAACCAUAAGUGGUGUAACCACUUUCUCAAACGUCUUAAUAUUAACCUUACUGGUUCGCCACAAGACAUAGCAUCGAACCCCGGACAAUACAAGCUUAACAAGGUAUGGAAACUAGACGAGAAAGUCGAGUUAAAACAAUAUUUAUGUGAUUUGAUUGCUCAGGAUAAUUAUUCUCCGCAAGAUAUAUUUGUACUUGACGAGUUCCAGCUUUUCUAUUCUUUACCGUUGGACCAGAUCUUCGAUGUCUCUUCUGUAGACAAAGGUUUGAAACAAUCGAGUUCUUCAACCGAGAACUCCCUUACGAUUAUGCUUGGAUGUAACAUAGAUGGCUCCGAGAAGUUGUCACCAUUGAUCGUAGGCAAGUAUGACAGAUUUGAUGUCUCUAAAAGCUCGCAUUCGUCUUUGAAGACAGCUACCAUAAGCGUUAGCCAGCAUAAUCUUAUGAAUAGACUCACCGAGGCGUAUCAGUUGUUCUACAAGUCCAACACUAACAAAUGGAUAACAUCCAGUAUGUUUCAGAACUAUUUGCUAACCUUGGACCACAAGUUAGGAAACAGGAAGAUCCUCUUGUUAUUGGAUGACUCCUCAUCGCAUAGAAUAAUCAAUUUGAAGUUUGAAAACAUCAAGUUAUGUUACUUGAAGAAUAACACAAAUCAUACAAGUCCUUACAAUUCUCUCUACAACGGAGUCAAGUUUGAUUAUUUGCCGAUGAAUUUCGGAAUUAUAGAAGAGUUCAAGAUCCUCUACAGAUUGCAGCAGUAUUUGGAGAUGAUCAACCGUCAGAGAUUGAACUCCAAAGCAGAAGCAUCGCCAGACAUCGACUUGAGCAACUACAAGGCUGUAGCGUUACAAGGAAUGGAGGUGUUAUCAGAAAAUGACUACCAUAUUCCAUUGAUAAAGGUUAUUGAAUGGAUCAAGCGCUCCUGGGACUCGUUGACAUGCGAGAAGAUAUUCCUCUCUUGGAAGAAAACGCAUUUGUUACCGUUAAACAAACUGUGGCCAUCAAAUGAUCCUGCUAUGGUUCUCAAGGCUGACAGCAUAAUUGCACCAUUGAUUUCUAGUACUGCUAGUUAUAAUGCAAAUAAGAGCUACGACAAAUUGAAUGAGAUCAUGGGCUACUUAAAUGUAGUGAUUCCCUGGGAGAUCGAUGAACUUUUGGGCUUGGUCAAUGAGAUGGGAAAAGUUACUCUUAGCUACGUCUCCAUCGAAGAAAUCAUUGGAAGUUGCCUACUGGAA